AUGAUCUCUGCACAGCAGCCACCAUUCCCCAACAAAAUUCAAAGAGUAAUGGACUGCCACACUGAGGAAGAAGAAGCCUGCGAAGAGCAGUACGACUCUGAAAACUGCACUUGCAGCUCCAAGCAUGCACCAACAGCAGAAUCCGACUCAGAUACACCCGUGAUUCUUAAAAUAGUACAGAACUGGGUUCCUCGAGUUUCCCACUACUUUGAUAAAGAGCACUACACGUACGCAGGCCACCAGAUCGUCAUCCAAGAGUCCAUUGAACACUUUGGAGCUGUGGUGUGGCCAGGGGCACUGGCUUUAUCUCAAUAUCUGGAAUCAAAUCAAGAACAAUUCAACCUCAAGGACAAAAAAGUUUUGGAAAUUGGCGCUGGAACAGGCUUGCUUUCCAUUGUGGCCUGUAUCUUAGGAGCUUACGUUACAGCUACCGACUUGCCUGAAGUUCUCGAAAAUCUGUCAUAUAAUAUUUCAAGAAAUACACAAAACAUGACUAAGCACAAACCUGAAGUGAGGAAACUGGUGUGGGGAGAAGGCCUCAAUGAAGACUUUCCUGUAUCGACUCACCACUAUGAUUUCAUACUAGCAACUGAUGUUGUGUACCACCAUACAGCUCUAGACCCCCUGCUAGCAACAAUGGUGUAUUUCUGUAAGCCAGGAACAGUACUACUAUGGGCAAAUAAAUUCAGAUUCAGUACAGACUAUGAAUUUUUGGAAAAACUUUGCAAUAUAUUUAACACAACCAUUCUAGCAGAAUUUCCAGAAUCAAAUGUCAAGCUGCUUAAAGCCACAGUAAGAGAGAACUAA